AUGCCCACCAAAUACUGUAAGUCAAGUGAGAAGGUAUGUCCUGCAGGUCCCCCCGGAUAUCCUGGUUCCACGGGAGCGAGGGGACCACGUGGCAGGAGGGGACCAAAGGGAAAGAAAGGUCCUCAAGGUCCCAUAGGACCUCCUGGAAAAUCUGGAAAAACAGGAAUGAUGGGCUUCACAGGACCGAAAGGAGUAAAGGGAGAUAAAGGAGAAUCUGGGCCAAAAGGCAUGCCGGGACCACCUGGAAGUCCUGGGAAAUCGCUAUCUGCCCCACAAGUGAUGUUGUCGCCAGCAGAGCAGACACGAGAUGAGAAAGGAAAUACGGCAUUUUAUUGCACGGUUGUAGGAAACCCUUCCCCAGUCGUGGAAUGGCAAUUUAAGGGCACAAAGCUUCUGUCAGGUGCAAAGUAUCUGAUUAAACAAGGAGAGUUGAUCGUUAGAAAUCUGAAUUACAGCGAUGCUGGACCGUACACAUGUGCCGCCAGGAACAUUCUUGGAUCGUCUGAAGCCACUGGCAACUUGACUGUUCGAGGUAAGAGGAGCAUUUAACUUAGAGUUUUGUUAUAUCUGGCUGCUUGAUUUUGUAGGCCUCUUUGUGCUCUGAGAAUGCGAGAAUACGAGGUUGGAAUAUAAAAAUGACACCGUUGUUUAAUCAUUUACUUUUAUCUCCUCUUUCAUUUUUUCCUUAUUUUUUCAGCAGUGUAUAACGCCAAACUUGAAAUUUACUCACUUACACCUUAAGCUGAUGAUCAAGGACUAUAGAGUAGUCACGAGUAUAGUUCAACUUUUAAUCUGAGCCAUACAAACGUAAAGACAUUAAAUAAUGUUAAAGAUAAUAACACAUGACGGGAAUAUUUGGACCUUACAUGAACGCGAGGGCGCACAACACAAUCCUUCUCCUCCUUUCUUUUUAGCUUAGACCACCAGGGGAGGUUACUUAGGUUAAAUUUUUGCAGGAUAUGUGCCGCUGGCCUCUCAAAACGCCUACCCCAUUAUAUUCUAUGCAUGCUGGUCGCUCAUGUACUGGCUCUAUUUCAGGUCUUCCAUUCUUCAGAAAAGUUCCACCUUCACUUGCCACACCAGUUCAAGGCACGACGUUUCAAGUAACAUGUCAAGCUGACGGAUAUCCUCGCCCCGCGAUAACCUGGACUAGAGCAGCAAUGCCCUUACCUGCUGGAAAGACUAGUAUAAACCAAGGCACACUUACCAUUAACAACUUGAGUCCUGCUGACAACGGUUUUUACGACUGCGUAGCUACUAACAUUAUGGGAACAAAGAAGAAAAGACUCAACCUAGCAGUACAAGUGCAUCGUUCAGGUUUGUAUUGAAGGCACCGUCUCACCCUGUAUAUACCUGAUUCAAGAAAAGGUUGCUUUGGUAAUUGGGCACUGGGCAUUUGGGCGAACGGAACUCAAUGCAAUGAAUUGCUUGAGUGUCCACCAAACAAUAGCUUUCCAGUGCGCAAUUAUACAGUGCCCCCCCCGGGGGGGGGGGUACUUCCAUACAUUACCUAUACGGGUAUGUGCCGCCCAAAGGGGUCGUGAUUUUGAAGCUCCUGAUUUAGAACGGGGUAUCCAUUUCAGAGGCGUUUUCUAGAACGGGGUAUAAUAUUUCGAACGCACGAAAGCUCCACUUUUGUAAGCAGCCAUUUGAAAGUAAUCAAGGACAGAUUGCUUUUAACAAUACGGUUGAAUGCGUUAACAAGCAAACCGUUGUACUCUUGUUGCACCCUAGAACGGAGUAUAAAAAAUUGGCCAUUUCUAGAACGGGGUAUCAGUUUUAGGGCGAAUUCUAGGACGGGGUAAAAAAAUUGACCCAUUUCUACAACGGGGUAUCAAUUUUAGGGGAAACUUUUUUUUUGAACGGGGUGCCAAUUUGGAGUCCCGGGCGGCACAUACCCACCCAAAAAAUACCCAAGUGCCCGACUAACGUACUUCAUCGCAGGUUUUUGGUGAAAUUUGCAAAUUUCGGCUAAGAAAAAACACUCGAUCGAAUUUGUUUUAUGAGAAUAAGGUAUUUACUGUUUUUAAUUAAUAAUAAUCAUUAUUAUCGUCAUCAUUAUGACAGGCACAAGGACAAUGUCGCUAACUUAGCUUACAAAAGUUCUGUUUCAUUUCUUUUAGCUUCUGGUUCUGGCCGGUAUCAAUACGACUCAAAAGCCUUCUUAUUUUCGCUGGUAAACAAGCCAGGAUGGGCGCCUGUCAAAUUGUCUCAGUCAGGACAAUCUAGUUCUAGCAGAGCACAUUCCAUAUUCUUUCGCUCAACCUAUGGGCCUACAUUCGGAGGAGGACAUGACAUUAACAUCAAAAACUACGCGUCAUCUAAUAGCAAUUCUUACAGCGAACUUGGCUAUACUUACAGCCCACCGAGCGGGUACAGCUACGGCAGCACCUUCGCACGAACAUUCCUGGCAGGAACAUACAGCUUCACACCAGACGAAGUUGAAACCUUUUACGAAACAACCUAA